UCACACUACCUGCCGCAGGUAAAACAGCAGACCGCGUCUCGCAAGCACGCUCAAAGGCACCUCUAAUCCGCACCAUGUCGUUCAAGAGCCCUUCCAGGAGUUUCUCCAGCUCAAGUCUUUCUGGCAGCAUGGGGUCAAGGGGCAGUUGGUUUGGGGCCAUUUCCCCAGCCGCUAUAGGGAAUCUGGCAAACACACUGCGUCCGAUCGUGCAGAUCAACAGCAGCACUUUUGCCCCAGCUGAUGAUAAAGAGACCAUGAAGGGUCUGAAUGACCGUCUGGCGGGGUAUCUGUCAAACGUACGACUCCUGGAGGACUCCAACAAUCAACUGGAGGAGCAAAUCAAAGAGGCUCUGAUGAGGAAAGGAGCUGAGAGCGGCAGAGACUGGAGCGCCUAUGAGAAGAUCGUUGCGGAUCUGAGAAACCAGAUCCAGGAAAUGACUAUGGACAAUGCCAGACAUUUCCUGCAGAUAGACAAUGCGAGGCUUGCUGCUGACGAUUUCAAAGUCAAGUUUGAGUCGGAGCAGGCCAUGCGGCAAGGGGUGGAGCAGGAUAUGGCACGACUCCGCAAGAUGCUGGACGACACUUACAUGGGCCGCAUGCAGCUGGAGAGCCAGAUCGAGUCUAUGAGAGAAGAGCUGGCUUUCCUGAAGAAGAGCCAUGAAGAGGAUGUUGCCAAUCUGACAAACCAGAUCAGCGGCUCCCAAGUCAAUGUGCAAAUGGAGACUAAAAACAGUGCAGACCUCAAUGAGGUCAUUAAUAACAUCCGCACGCAGUACGAGCGAGCCGUGCAGAAGAGCCGCGAGGAAACUGAAGCCUGGUAUCAAAACAAAUUUGACAACAUGACAGCUGAGGUGACUCAGAACACAGAAGCUCUGCAGGCAGGAAAGACAGAGCUGAACGAGCUGCGCAGGCAGAAACAAUCUCUAGAAAUUGACCUGCAAGCUCUGCACAACAUGAUUCGAUCGCUCGAGGAUUCGCUGCAUGAAACGGAGGCACGUUACGCUCACGAAGUCAAUGGGUACAACUCUCGAAUCCUGCAGCUGGAGGGAGAGCUGGGACAGGUGCGAGUGCAGGUGGAGCGUCAGGCGGCUGAGUACGAGGCCCUGCUCAACCUCAAGUCCAAACUGGAGACAGAGAUUGCCACCUAUCACCGUCUCCUGGAGGGUGUUGUUGAUGACAAGGGGGACAAAAACAGAGAGGAAUUUUCUUUAGAGCAGGCGUUGUAUGCAGCUCCUCCCGUCGGACUUAAGAAAGCCAUCAUCAUCACACAAGAAAUAGUGGACGGAGAAGUGGUCUCUCAGAGGGAACUUGAGCAAAAUCUUACUAAUCACAAUGACCUGGAAGUUUCUGGGGAGGAUCAGGAGUUGACAGAACAACUGGAGCUAGCAGUGGAAGAGGCAAAAGCAGAGGAAGAGAAAGUAGCAGAACAACUGGAGCUAGCGGUGGAAAAGGUGAAAGCAGAGGAAGAGAAAGUAGCAGAACAACUGGAGCUAGCGGUGGAAAAGGUGAAAGCAGAGGAAGAGAAAGUAGCAGAACAACUGGAGCUAGCGGUGGAAAAGGUGAAAGCAGAGGAAGAGAAAGUAGCAGAACAACUGGAGCUAGCGGUGGAAAAGGUGAAAGCAGAGGAAGAGAAAGUAGCAGAACAACUGGAGAUGUAG